UCAUAUAACAAGGGCAGUUUUUCUUUUUUGCAUGAGCAUUUUAUUCACAACCCAUUUUCCUAUUAUGAUAUUUGCAUAUGAUUCGUUCUAUUGUUACUUUCUGGGAAUAUCAUUUUAUUUCAUAUUUAGAUUGAGAAAAGCUGUUUGUAUUUUUAAACAUUUUUUUAUGAAUUGCAUCGGCAAUAAUAAUUUUAGUUAAUCUAUCGCAUUGCGCAUAAAAUGUGAUUUCCUCCUUAUUGGGUGUAGAGUUCCACCGACACAAGUCAGUUGUAUGUGUACACAAUGGAAGAUAACUGCGAGUGUAUAUAUUCAAACGGUAUGGAACAGACGUAAAUUUCAGACAUCUCUAAUUUGAAAUUUAGUUUUUAUUUAUAUCAAACACAAAGAUAUUUAAUAAAAAUGAGUCAGUUUAAACGGUUUUCGUGGAUUGCAUAUUUUUCAAUAUCGGGUUUAUUUCUUCUUUACAUCUUACACUCGUCGGUCUUACAGCAGGCGAAAUCACAAGAAGACUUGAUAAAAUUAAGAGUUAAAAAUUCAAGGAUAUUGAAUUCUGAAAGGAGACCGACUGACCAGUGUGAGGCGAUGAAAGGAAGUAUACCUUUACCUGAUAGUACAAGUUUUCUUGAUGAGAAUUUACUCAAUGAAUAUUUCAACUAUGUAAAUAAACAGGAGGGUUUAUGUCAUAAACAAAAAUUAUGUGGUUCAGAAGGUGAAUCUGGAUAUGUUGUAUGUGAAGAUCAUAAAUAUAAGCCUGGAUUCCCGUGCACUGUUUAUUCGUUUGGAUCAAGAUUUCAAUUUGACUUCGAAGUCGAUGUAAUAAAGAACUACGACUGUGAAAUUCACACAUUUGAUCCAAGUCAACCUUUAAGAAAAGAUAUAAAAAUUCCAUCGGGAGUUAAUUUCCAUCUAAUUGGGAUAGCCGAUACAGAUUUUACUAAUGAUGAUGGUUGGGAAAUGCAGACGCUUUCAUCCAUAAUGAGAAAACUUGGACACUCACGUAAAACAAUCGAUAUUCUGAAGAUAGAUAUAGAAGGAUGGGAAUGGAAAGUUCUCCCGGACAUGCUGCUGUCUCGAGAGUUAAAGUGUGUGAAACAACUAGCCAUAGAAGUUCAUUUUGGACUACAGAUUAACAAGACAACAGGAUUUGAAACAUUCUCUCGAAAUAACUGGGGUUUCGUUUCAUCAAAUGAACAAUUAGAUGUGCUUCAAAAAUUGCUGGCAUUUGGCUUUAACAUAUUCAUAAGUAAAGCAAACCCUGUUUCAAAUGUAUUUUUAAAACGAUUUUGUAGAGAGAUUACAACUUGUAACGUUUUGUCAUUAAUAAAUAUCGAUUUUGAACCAAGUAAAUGUCAAAUUUAAAUAAAGUGGUGAUAAAAAGAAGCUAUAAUUUGUGUAUGUUAGACGAUUCAUAGAAUUAGAAAUAAGACAUAUGAAUGUCACUGCUCACAAAAACAGCACAUGGUUCGAACGGCCUACGCAAAUAAUAUAGCACAUUUUUCCUUGAUUUUUCUUUACCUGACUAAAGAUUACAAUAUUUG